GUUUCGUCUGACUGAGCCAUAUUCAAGGCUUACAGGGAAGAGGGUGGAACGCGCAUCCAUUUCCAUUCACAAAACAACGAUGCAUGACAUGCCCAUUGAGCCACUACACAACCCCUGAUUGAUACAAAAUCCCUGAACUUCAUGGUAGAUCCUAGAUCUGUUUUCCUCAGGUAUUUGAACUAAUAAUAAAUGCAUUUCACACAUGGACAAAGCAUUUUAUUUUUCAAGAAAGAAGUUCAUGCUCUAUCUGAGUUAGAUUUGUUUUUCUUUCUGAAGUAAACUGCAAGAGUCAUUACCAUGAUCAAUUUUUUCACUUUAACAACAUUAUCUAUUUUCCUUCAACGAAUAAAUCAAGGAUAUGCAAUUAGUUGUUAUGAGUGCAACUCGAAAAAUGGUACAGACCGGAAUUGUCAUGACCCUUUUCAUCCUGCCAUGAGUACUUACACGGAAGGAUGCAAAGUUCCCAAAGAAGGACACAUAGGGCAAUUCCCUGCCAAUUUUUGCAUUAAAGUUAUAGGUAAAACAGUUCAUACAGAAGAAGAGCAUGUGAUCCGCGCAUGCGUGUUGGAAAAUAUGGACAAUCAAUGCGGAGUUUUUCGUUUCGAAAGCGAUACUUUACAAGGAUGCAUUCUUACAUGUGAUUACGAUGGAUGUAACAGAAGUACAAAGUUCCAUCAAAGCAUUUUCUCUCUGCUGACAACGACUUCAAUACUAUUUCUUAUUCUCAUAAGACUCUAAAUGUUAGGAAAGUUAUCGAAAGAAUUUAGUUUUCUUUUUCUCUCUCUUUCAGAAUUUAUGUUGAAUCAUAUGAGUCUAUGCAAAUCAACUAGAAACUAAAUACAAUUGUAUGAAUUUCUUAUUUUUUCACAUAUCCGUUUGAUGUUCAAAUAUUGUAAAUACAAUUUCUCAAUCAGUCACAUCCAUUGAAAUUUAUUCAAAACAUAUCAAAACUGAUAUGUAGAUAUGAAUUCUCAUUUCACUGAUAUUAUGUACUGAUUUGAAAAAUUGUGAAAUGAUUUCAAUCUAUGCAAAACAUAUUGUGUAAAUAUAUAGAUAUAUAAAGAUAUUUAUCGCAAAGAAUACUGUGAAUUGUUGCCUUUAAGGAUUUUCAUGAUAUAACUUGGUCUUAUGAAAAUUGUAAAUUAAAUAUUUUACUCUUCUUCCAA